UUUAAAUUAUUUUCUCAUCUUUUUUCCUGACUAAAAAAAUAAUAAUUCCUUUUCCUUAAUGGCCGUUCUGACUAGAAGUAAAUAAAAAGUGUUUUUUACACAAAAAAGAAAGUGACUUUUACACAGUAAUGCACUCAACAACUCCAUGGUAUUUACAGAUGGGAUGGACAGAUUGGCCAGGGAAAAAUGUAUCAAAUAACCCAACGGAAGCAGUUACACAGAAAACUUUGCAUAAGCACAUACUAUUGCAAGCUUGCAUGGACAUGCGUACAAGAAGCAAUCCGAUUUUGAGAUGAUAACUUACAUGUGAUAAUGCAUCGAAAACAUUGACAAGUUGUGGAGCUGCACAUGUACACACGCACACACACACACACAGAGAGAGAGAGAGCGAGAGAGAGAGAGAGAGAGAGAGAGCGAGAGAGAGAGAGAGAGAGACGGCCCUAGUUGUCAAUUAUUAAACGAACACGAUACUGUGCACAAGGAGCUCACACUAUUUGUGGCCAUUUUACAGACAGACAAGAAAGUUCCCCACAUUCCUAACUGAUUGGAUAUCCAACAUCUGCAAGUUCCUCUUUUCCUGAUGCCCAGCUAACCUCUGACCCACACUGGACCCUUCCUAUGGAUGCAGCCAGUCCACCAAACUUUUCUGUUGAUGCCGAGGUGGUUCCCACAGCCACCUCGCCUAGAGCUCCAGAACCGCAGCGGCCACCAGGGUGCAGAACCCCCCCGGCCCGUGCCAGCUUCCACACACACGACUCCAUCAGCAUCCUGACCGCAGGGUCCGCCAUGGACACAGACAGCAUUCACGCUGACCGUCCAGCGACCGACGACGAUGGGGAUCAGACUGCCCCUCGGCCGUUCGACACAGACAGCGCCCAGACGGCGCAGCUCACCUGUGAUACAGAGAGCAACCGCACCCUAAACCCAGCGUACGAUGCAGACAGCACGCGAGCCCUCCACUCCACCUGCGACCUGGAGCAGACGGCUCCAGAGGGUGGAGACGGUGCCCUCGCCGGAGGUCACGCAGAGAGCCUCUCAGAGGAUCCCCCACCCUACAGCCUUCCAGACCCCAAAUUCGCCUACCUGAUCUACCCUCCCCCGCUGCCACACUAUGCCAACCAGCCGGUCGUGGCCUGCCAGCCAGCGGCUGGCCCCCCGGCCUUCAACCAACCUUCGUUCAUGCCCACCUCUUACGCUAUAUACAUGAACGGCCCACCAAUAGCUGAGGACCGGCCGCCUUUGCCCAAAGACUACCUGGUGGAGUCUCUCCUAGUCACCAUCUUCUGCUGUCUGAUGAGCGGCUUGGUGGCACUCAUGUACUCUUUCGAAACCCGCACGGCGCUGGCCCGGGGCGACAUCCGAGAGGGCGUGAGGGCAUCCCAGAAGGCCCGGCUGCUGGUGAUGUUCAGUUUCAUGUUUGGCAUCUUCAUGUUUGUGGGCUGGAUGGUAUAUGUGAUCAUAGCCCUCUGUGUAUAGUCCACCUGGUUACUGGAGGCUUUCCUCCUCACGUGCAGAGAGCAUUUAUGAAUAAUAAGUAAAUAAAUACAUUCUUUAAGGAAGCAGACAAAGAAUACAGGCUUGAAAAGUCUAUAGUUUGUAAAAACCAAAAUUAUGGUACACCUUAUUCAACAGAGUCAAAUUUCAAUCAUUAGAAGCAUGGAAGAGGAUGGGUCUGAUGGGAGCUAUGAAACUCUGUUUCUGUACAUAUAUAUUGUAUACUUUGUAUUUUUUAAGCAACUUAAUAGCGAUUAUUUCUAAAAAUGGGUUCAUAUGUUGUUCUUUCAAUCCUUAGAUAAUGCACUCUCUCAGUGGCUGUGGAUAUUGCAGAGAAGACAGAGUGAGGAAAAUACAAUCUAGGGAAUUUUUCAAU